AUGCAGUUCACAUUGUAUGCCGCCACUUGCCUGGCUCUCGUCAGCCGCGUGUUCGCACAGACAGAGGGCUUCGAUGCCAUAUCUGCACCAACGAAAGACCAGACCCUCGCAGCUGGGUCGAGCACGACGGUCACCUGGGACUACAACUCGAAGUACGCCGGAGCUGUGACCAUCACUCUCCUUCAGGGCGCGACUCCUGAGACGCUGCAGCUUGGUAGCGCCAUCGCAACUGGCAUCGAUAACAGUGCUGGAUCUUACACCUGGAGCAUCCCCUCCAGCCUUGGGGCUGACGCGACCUAUGGCUUGAAGAUCAGCCUCGACUCAGAUCCCGCAACUUUCCAGUACUCUUUCCCAUUCCACAUCGCUGCCUCCAGCGGCACGAGCUCCAGCUCCAGCUCCAUCUCCAUCUCCAGCUCCAGCGCCAGCGUCUCCGUCAGCAGCACCACCAGUUCUGCGUCGGUCUCGUCUACAAGCGCGUCCUCGUCUCUCUCUUCCAGCGCCUCGUCCACCGUUUCUACCACCACCUCAGCCCCAACCACUUUCCCUACCUUGACUCCCACUGCAGGCAACGGUGUGAAUUCGACAACCGCGACCGUCCCAGGGACGACGUUGACCUCCAAGGUGACACCCACUGGUACGGGCUCCGGUACUUCAUCGAGCUCGACUGCCGUUGCGACUGCUGGCGCCGUGAAGGUCGUUGCUGGUUCCUUCGCUGCCAUGGGAGGUCUCGCUGCUGCAUUGUUUGCCCUUUGA